AUGGAGAUAACUAACCAAUCAAUUCCUGGUCAUAAAGAGAACCCUCCUGAUGGAAGUAGUGAAGAUCAUAAGGAUUUCCUAGAUGGGAGAGUUGCUAUGGCUUUGGAUGAUAUCACAAAUGCCAUGGGCAUUAGAGUAGGGAAAAGAGAAUUUCCUGCUCUAAUUAGAGACUUUAAAUAUAGGAUUAAUAUUAAAGUGUUGGCCUUAUUAGAGACUAAGAUUCAGGGUGACAGAGGGGAUACAAUUAUAAAGAAGUUGGGAUUCCCUAAGUUUUUCAAACAGGAAGCUGUGGGCUUUUCUGGAGGAAUUUGGGUUCUGUGGGAUAGCAGAGAUGUUGAGGUGGAGAUUAUUCAAUCCCACCAUCAAUAUGUUCAUACUAGAACUUUUUAUAUUGAAGAUAGGAGGUGGGAGUUAGUUACUUUUGUUUAUGGGAGCCCUAGGAGGAUUGAGAGAAUCAGCCUUUGGGAGGAUAUGGAGUUGCUGGCUGGUGCUAUUAAUUCUCCCUGGGUGAUCCUGGGAGAUUUCAAUUCUGUCUUGGGUUCUUCUGAGAAGUGUGGAGGUAAAGAGAUUUGUUGGAGAAGUGUUCAGGAGAUGCAUAAGUGUCUUGAGGUUUGUGGAAUGACAGAUAUAGGGUUUAAAGGCCCAAGAUUCACUUGGAGAAGGGGAAGUUUACAAGAAAGAAUUGAUAGAGUUGUUGCUAAUGAGGAUUGGAACUUAGCCUGGCCUAAUAGAGUGUUAGGGCAUCUCCCUUACUUUAACUCGGACCACAAGCCGAUCCUUUUAAGUUGCUACAAAGAUUUCCAUGACAAUAAGAGUGGGAAACAGUUCAAGUUCUUAGCUGCUUGGCUUACAAAUUCUGACUUUGGGAACUUGGUUAAGAAGUGUUGGGAGAAGGAUGUGGAUUGGUUGGAUGCUAGGGAUGUUUUUGAGGAAGAGGCAACUAGAUGGCACCAUGACGUCUUUAGAGAGGAAAUGAGACAGAAGCAUAGAAUUUAUGUUAGAAUACAAGGUCUGGAUUUGCAGUUGGAAGACAGAUAUGACAGAGAGCUUGAGAGGUUGCAGAGAGAUCUUUGGAAAGAUUUGGAGAAAAUUUUGCUUAGGGAAGAGCUAAAUUGGUUCCAAAGAUCUAGAGUCAAUUGGCUGAAAUUUGGGGAUAAAAAUUCAAAGUUUUUUCACUCUUCUACUGUUGCUAGAAGAAGGUUUAACAAAGUGGUUGCAAUCAAAAAUGAGCUUGGUGAUUGA